AUGGAGUACCUCCAGGGCCGCGCGCUCACCAACGCGGUUGGUAACCUCGGCCUCACCGGCGAGUACUCCGACGCCCUCCGCACCCUCGGCUACACCCUCGAGGACACCGCGGGCGUCGAGCGCAACAUGGGCCUCGGCAACGGCGGUCUCGGCCGCCUCGCCGCGUGCUUCCUUGACUCCAUCGCGACGCUCGACCUCCCGGCGUGGGGCUACGGCCUCAGGUACAAGUACGGCCUCUUCAAGCAGGCCAUCGAGGACGGGGUCCAGAAGGAGUACGCCGACGACUGGCUCGAGGUUGGCAACCCGUGGGAGAUGAAGCGCGAGACCCAGUACCCGAUCGGCUUCUACGGCGAGGUUGUCGACGGCAAGUGGGUCCCCGGCGCUAACAUCCGCGCCGUCGCUUACGACUCCCCCAUCCCCGGCUACAAGACCAAGAACUGCAUCUCCCUCCGCCUCUGGGACGCCGAGGUGGCGCCCAAGGAGUUCGACCUCGCCUCCUUCAACGCGUGCGACUACGACAAGUCCAUGCGCGAGACCAACCUCGCGAGCCAGCUGUGCGCGGUGCUCUACCCCGGCGACGCCACCCGCGAGGGCAAGGCUCUUCGCCUCUCGCAGCAGUACAUGCUCUGCUCCGCGUCCGUGCAGGACAUCCUCGCCAGGUUCAAGGAGCGCGGUAACACCGACUGGUCCAAGCUCCCGGAGAAGGUUGCCAUCCAGAUGAACGACACCCACCCCACCCUCGCCGCUCCCGAGCUCAUGCGCAUCCUCAUGGACCAGGAGGGCAUGGACUGGGACACCGCGUGGGCGCUCACCACCAAGACUGUCGCGUACACCAACCACACCGUCAUGCCCGAGGCUCUCGAGAAGUGGCCCCUCGAGCUCAUGACCGAGCUCCUCCCCAGGCACGUCGAGAUCAUCAAGCGCAUCGACGAGGAGUUCAUCGCUUCCGUCAAGGCGACCUACCCCAAGGCGACCCCCGAGGAGCUCGAGCGCAAGAUCGGCGCCAUGCGCAUCCUCGAGAACUACAUGACCCCCGCCGAGGAGCUCAAGGCGAAGGCCAAGGCUGCCGCCGCCAAGGCUGCCAAGCUCGAGGCCCUCGCCGCCAAGGCUGCCGCGGGCGAGGAGGUGGCUGUCGAGGACGACGAGGAGUGGAGCGCUCCCGCGCCCAUGGUUCGCAUGGCCAACCUCUGCUGCAUCUCCGGCUUUGCCAUCAACGGCGUCGCCGCGAUCCACUCCGAGAUUGUCCGCACCUUCACCUUCAAGGACUUCGGCGAGCUCUGGCCCGAGAAGUUCCAGAACAAGACCAACGGCGUCACCCCUCGCCGCUGGCUCGCGUUCUGCAACCCCCAGCUCUCCUCCGUCAUCACCGAGGCGAUUGGCACCGACGAGUGGGUCACCGACACCGCGCUCCUCGAGAAGCUCGGCCCCCUCGCUAAGGACCCCGAGCUCCAGAAGAAGUGGCGCGCCGCCAAGCAGGAGCGCAAGGCUCUGUGCGCUAAGAUGGUCGAGGAGACCACCGGCGUGAAGGUGUCCACCGACGCCAUGUUCGACAUCCAGAUCAAGCGCAUCCACGAGUACAAGCGCCAGCUCCUCAACAUCAUGGGCAUCAUUCACAGGUACAACGAGAUGAAGGCCAUGUCCCCGGAGGAGCGCGCCAACGUCACCCCCCGCGUCUGCAUCUUCGGCGGUAAGGCGUACGCCACCUACCUCCAGGCCAAGCGCAUCGUCCGCCUCGUCACCGCCGUCGGUGAGGUUGUCAACAACGACCCCGAGAUUGGCGACCUCCUCAAGGUUGUCUUUGUCCCCGACUACAACGUCUCCCUCGCCGAGACCCUCAUCCCCGCCUCCGAGCUCUCCCAGCACAUCUCCACCGCCGGUACCGAGGCUUCCGGAACCUCCAACAUGAAGUUCCAGAUGAACGGCUGCCUCAUCAUCGGCACCCUCGACGGCGCCAACGUCGAGAUUCGCGAGUGCGUCGGCGAGGACAACUUUUUCCUCUUCGGCAUCGAGGAGCCCGAGGUUGAACCCGCUCGCGCCGAGCGCGCCGCGGGCAAGUUCGAGCCCGAUCCCCGCUUCACCGCCGUCAUGGACACCAUCAAGUCCGGCGUCUUCGGUAAGCCCGGAGAGUUCGACGAGCUCCUCUGGUCGCUCGAGGGCAACGAGGGUUUCGGCCGCGGCGACUACUUCCUCGUCGCCAAGGAUUUCCCCUCGUACAUCGAGUGCCAGGACAAGGUGAGCGCGGCGUACAAGGAUCAGGACGCGUGGACCGAGUCCUCCAUCAUCUCCACCGCCUUCUCCGGCAAGUUCAACUCGGACCGCACCAUCGACCAGUACGCGACCGAGAUCUGGGACAUCAAGCCCCUCCCCGUGCCCUAAGCGGCGCGCGGGCAUUCGGGUAGGCGAUCGGCAAACUUAGGACAAAAUUCUUCUAGAGUUGUGGGCGCGGUUGACGCCGUUUGAGCUCGGACGAUGCUCGUGGCUCCCGCAGGCAACUUGUGCAUAUUUUUUUAACGCAGCGUUAUUUUCAAGCU